UAAGGGUUUCCUGGUUUUACUGCUGUGAUAUCUGAAUCAAGAAAUGAUGUUAUAUACUAAUAAGUGUUAUUGUAAGGGUAUAUAUAAGGAGGCAUUUCUUUCAUCGUUACCAUCAUACACACAAACUCAAUAUGAAAUCUAUAAUCGCUGUUGUUCUCCUUGCUGCAAACUUAUUGGUUGCCAAUGCCGAGCCUGAUUGUUUCAAAACCAUAAGGCAAGGUGCUGCUACUGUUGAAUUGGGAGUUUAUACGCAACAAUGCGCUACGAUCAGUUAUAGUGGUGGUGUUAUCACCAGUGAUGUCAAGUACACUUGCUGUGGCCCUAGCGGCUGGAUUCGCAUAAACUAUGCUGAUUGGGAGAAACUUCGUAGUGAUGGUAAACUGGAUGGACUUAGAUAUCAAAGACCUGACCUCGCUUUCCGCAAAAUGGAUGGCACUAACCCAAUCACUAUCUCUGCAGAACAAUAUCUCCCUUAGUUUGGAAUAUGUAGUUGUUAUGCAAGCCAUUAAUAAAAACCUUUUUACUUCGUUUACCAAAUCAAUUGAAAUAAUACCUGUUGGAUGUUUCAUCAAAAGUUAAUUUCUUAACAUUGAAACAAAAUGGCAUCUUUUCUUUUUGCU